GCCCACGUUGCCCCGAGGUUGAAAUGCAGAAGUGAAGGCUCUCGCCGGGAAGCAGACUUCCUCGUAGUGCCUUUCCUCCCACGCCUGCUGCCUCCGCGGUGGAAGUCCGCGAGCCCCGUGGGCUGGCGCGGCCGGGAGCGCGGGCGGCGGGGAGCGCGCCUCUGUCGUUAGGUCUCCGUCUGGGAUUUAGGGCAGCCCCAGAGGUGCCUGCUCAGAGGAAUGGAACCUGCCUUCGGGGAAGUGAACCAGCUCGGGGGGGUGUUUGUCAACGGGAGACCCCUGCCCAAUGCCAUCAGGCUGCGGAUUGUGGAACUGGCGCAACUGGGUAUCCGGCCGUGCGACAUCAGCCGGCAACUGCGCGUUUCCCACGGCUGUGUCAGCAAGAUCCUGGCUCGCUACAACGAGACCGGCUCCAUCCUACCGGGGGCUAUCGGAGGCAGCAAGCCUCGGGUCACCACCCCCACGGUGGUGAAACAUAUCCGGACCUACAAACAAAGGGACCCGGGCAUCUUCGCCUGGGAGAUCCGGGAUCGCCUGCUGGCUGACGGCGUCUGUGACAAGUACAACGUGCCGUCGGUCAGCUCCAUCAGCCGCAUCCUCCGCAACAAAAUCGGGAACCUGUCUCAGCAGAGUCACUACGAAUCGUACAAGCAGCACCAGCCGCCGCCGCAGCCGGCUCUGCCCUACAACCACAUCUACUCCUACCCCAGCCCCAUCGCUGCUGCAGGAGCCAAGGUGCCCACGCCGCCCGGGGUGCCCGCCAUCCCCGGCGCCAUGGCCAUGCCCCGCACCUGGCCGUCCUCCCACUCGGUGACGGACAUCCUGGGCAUCCGCUCCAUCACGGACCAAGCAGUGAGCGACACGUCGCCUUACCCCAGCCCCAAGGUGGAGGAGUGGAGCAGCCUGGGCCGAAACAGCUUCCCCCCCGCGGCCCAGCACGCCGUGAACGGGCUGGAGAAGAGCUCCCUGGAGCAGGAGGCCAAGUACAGCCAGGCACCCAACGGUCUCUCAGCGGUCGGCAGUUUUGUUUCGGCACCAGCCAUGCCUCCUUAUGCUACACCAGCCCAAGUGUCGCCUUACAUGACGUACAGCGCUGCCCCUUCUGGCUACAUGGCAAGCCACGGCUGGCAACAUGCCGGAGGCACCCCACUCUCGCCCCAUAGCUGUGAUAUCCCCGCGUCGCUGGCUUUCAAGGGCAUGCAGGCGGCCAGGGAAGGCAGCCACUCGGUCACAGCCUCGGCGCUCUGAUGCAGGAGCCAGCCCAGGAUGGCCGCCGCGCGGCCGCGCGUUCGUCUUCCCCAGGCCCACCUCAUGGACUGCUCUUUCUCGUGCUGGUGGUAUCUGACAUUUCUCCGCCUGACUUUCCUCCUGUAAGACUUUGGGGAUUGAAAGGGCUGAAAACAACAUCCAAAACUGAGAGAAGUGUGUUGUUGCCCUUGCACUGUUUAAGGAAAGCUCUUGCAUCCCUCAAAGGGCUCACGGAAACUUGUCUGACUCUUUUCUGGUAAAACCACACGUAUUUAUUCUUAAUCAUCACAGACUUUUAAAAUGUGCAAUUGUUAUUAUGAUUUGUGUAAAAAUCAAUAAAGGAAAAUCAUCACAGAAUAUUCUGCUACGCCUCAAAUCAGCAAAGGUGACUACAUGGAAGGUAUUUGCCGAUUGCAUCCAUCUCUAGAGAACAAAGCAUCUUUCCAUGAGGUUACGCAAUCCACUGCUAUUAAGAGAUUACUUUUUGGUCUUUUUUUUGAGUUUUUGGUAAUCAAAUAUAGAACCAAGGCAUUAUGCAGCUCUCAGCUUCUUCUGGCAUUUCAUCAUCGUUACAAAGGCAAUAGUAUGUUUGUAUUUUUAUCCAUUUGUAAAUACAGGCUUUCGAUGGCAUUUGUUUUCACCUCCCAGUACAUUUCUGCUUUUCUUUUCUUUUUUAUUUUUCUUUUGGAAGUUAAAACCUGACUUUCUAGCUGUUUUCUGUGUCCUUGCAUUGUGAGGUGAUAGCCUCAGAUGAUGAGGUUUAGGUAGGGGUUUUUUUCCAUCAUAUUUUUUGUGCCUACAGUGGAGGCUUCAACAUCUCAUGGAACUCAGUUAUUUCUUCAGCAGAGAAUUCAAAGACAGAAAUCCAGCGAAGUAACUCUCCCCAGUUAUACCCAACCUCCCAGAGUCAUGAAACACCACAUCCAUGUUAAGUAUACAAAGGUGGUAAAUAUCUGAACAAAAGUGUGAACGGUAGAGAAAAUGCUAUUAGUGUGAAACUUGUGCAGAGAGGCAGAACAAAACCUUGUAAGUUAAGAAAACCACUGUGAAACAGAAUUGUACUGUCAUUGUUGGCUCACUUGUGUUCAGCAUUUUCAGCCCCCAAAUUAUGUUGUAUUUUUUUUUUUUUAAGAAGAAGUUGUCUUUAAAUUUUUGCUUUAAUGAGUGUAAAAUAUGGACCUUGGUAAAGUUUACAUUGCUGUUCUGAAGUAUUUUUUUUCCUUAUAGGUAUACUGGUGGUGGUGCUACAAACACAGACAUUAUUUAAUAAUAACAAAUUCCCUUUCUGCAUUUCUGUAUCCAGUGGCAAGUACUCUGUCCCAGUUCUUAUUAGAGAGCUACUAUUUUGAUCUUUGGAAAUUUUCCUGUUUUCCUUGGGCAAUAAUAAAGUUCUGAAUAUCAUUCUAGAAUGCUUUCCAGAUGCUGUAGGUAUGUUCAUAAUGUGAACAUGGAAAAAAAAUCUCAUUGGUGUGACAUUUCAUAUCCUUCAUAGAAUAUUAAUAUAUUGUGUAUUUUUAUAGAUCUUGUGCAAUAACUUAAAUUACAUCAUUAGAGAUAAUUAAGACAAAGGAGAAUACUUCAUUCUUCAAAUACUGCUCUAUCUGCCUAUCAUAUUAGACAUCCAUUUAGUAAGAAGGUAAAAUACAGUCCUCUCUUUCUGGAUUUCCAGCUUUUGUCAUGGAGAAAUCUGUGGGCAAAUUUUCGUAACGAUACAAAUAACCAGUACAAAUAUGUAUACCGUAUGUCCACUGAAAUCCAGAUGACUCGACUGGCCAUUGCCACCUUUGCUUUUUGCAUCAAAAAACCCAGCUAAAUGAACAGUACUUCUACAAAGAGCACAGUUACUGUAUCAUGGCCCUAAGGAAAGAGAGAUCUGAUCUUGGGUCUGAUCCUGUAUUCUUAGGCCUCCGUGUAGCAGAGGAAUUCAGCAGCUGUUUAGCUUUAACGAGAUGCUUCAACCAUUGCUAUUCAGUAGGACACUUUCUAAAGAACCAGUUUGAAACUACCGAAUGCAAUGAAAUGUAUGCGCACACAAGUGCAUUUUCAUGCUGCCGUAUUGCUAGUGAUGUGACUGGUGUUAUUCUGCCUUUACACAGUUGUAGCUGAAAUAAGACCAGGGUUCCCCCAGCCUUAAUGCCAUGCAGAAGAAAUUGGUUCAAUGCUAGACAAGCUCUGCUAAAAAAUGAAAUUGAAGAAAAAGAUAAGGAAAAAAAUCAUCCGUAAAUAAAUGAUUUAGUUGGCAACUGGAUUUUAGCUUUCAGCCUAGCUGUUAGACUGGAUUAUAGAAUUACUGAAUGAGUAAGUCUACUUAUUUUUAGCCAUGUACAACACAAGCAACAUACAUCAAAGAAAAAAAAAGAAAAAAGAUGAAAAGCCUUCCAAAGCACAGCUUUUUGAGCUCCAAGGAUUCACAAGCCUGUAACAAAGCGUGCCUAUGUUAAAAGUCUUCAACAUUUUCCUGAGCAACGAGACCUCGCUUCUGGAAUAAAAGUCGUCUUUUCUGAGAUUCCGAUGAGACAUCAGUGUGUUUUGGAAGGAUACUUAGAGAGACAGAUGCUUAGCUUGUAUGAGUUGUUUGAAUUAUCUUGUCUUCAGCUAAACCAGGAUAAUUUAUAAAGUGAGGACAUGAAAGGAGGUAAUUAUUCCUCAGCUGGGAAUACACGAUUCUGAACCAUUUUGUUUUCUGUAUGUGUUUGUUCAGGUACUGCUCUUCAUGCAUCUGCCUGCUAUAAAUAACGCCUUACCCCCGGUGGGAAGUCGGGGGGCUGUGGGCAGAAAGUGUUUCUCAGAGGGAAGAAAGGCACCUGACCCUGGCCCUUGCUGAACUGCCUGUGCUUGACUUUUUUGUGAAUUUUUAUUACAUUUGUUUUCUAAUGUAAAAUUAGCCUGCAGAGUACUCCUUUGCCCGAGGACUUUUCUUACUGUUUAUACUCAUGGGUAAACCAAAAGACACAAUGUGUUAGUUUAUUAGCCAUACAACUUUAAGUCACUUUACAAUAAACAAAGGGGAAAAAGGGAAUUUUUUUUUAAUAAUAAAUAAAGGUCAGUUUCUGCUGUCAGGUAGAGGUACAAAUCUGGACUGAACCCACUGAGGUGAGUCGAUAAACUCUGGAAAUACGCAGCAUAUGUGAGUGCAGAAUUUAAGUUUUUAAUAUUAAAACCUAUACUCCAUUCCUAGAGUGCCAAAUAUUUGCAAAGAAAUCAGCGAUGUCUAAUGCUCCCUUCUGUGACAGUCCUGCUGUUUCCAUGGUCCUGGUGCAAAGGGCCUCUAGUGUAAAUCUGAACCAGGUCCCAUAUUGCACCAGGAGUGGGGCUGGAAGAGACAAAAAAGGCAUAUUCUUCGGUUUGUUUUUUAAAACAGAGCUGUGUUUUCUGCUUUCUAACGGUUCCCUUUUUAAUCAAAGAUCAGGCUGAACUAUUAACUGCAAAGAAAUCAUGUUGGUAAGGAUGUAAAGCAGAAGGCUGUAUAUGUAUAUACAGUAUGUUUAAAGCCUUUUAUUUUUAUAUUUUGA